AUGUCCAGUAAUAGGGAGCAGGUUUUCCCUACUCGUAUGACUUUAGGGUUGAUGAAAACGAAGCUGAAGGGGGCCAACCAAGGGUACUCUCUAUUAAAGAGAAAGUCCGAAGCAUUGACGAAAAGAUUUCGUGAUAUUACUAAGCGUAUUGAUGAUUCCAAGCAGAAAAUGGGUAGAGUGAUGCAAACUGCUGCAUUUUCCUUGGCUGAGGUUACAUACGCUACCGGUGAGAAUAUAGGCUAUCAGGUUCAAGAAAACGUUGCCAAUGCCAGAUUUAAGGUAAAGGCAACACAAGAAAACGUUAGUGGUGUGUAUUUGCCACAAUUUGAGUCAUAUAUCGACCAAAAUAUCAACGACUUUAAGAUGACAGGUUUGGGUCGUGGUGGUCAGCAGGUACAACGUGCCAAGGAGAUUUACUCGAGGGCUGUUGAAACAUUGGUUGAAUUGGCAUCCUUGCAAACUGCUUUCAUCAUCUUGGAUGAAGUUAUCAAAGUUACGAACCGUAGAGUCAAUGCUAUUGAGCAUGUUAUUAUUCCAAGAACUGAGAACACUAUAGCGUACAUCAACUCUGAAUUGGAUGAAUUGGAUAGAGAAGAAUUUUACAGAUUGAAGAAGGUCCAGGAGAAGAAGCAGAAACAAACUGCUGAAUUGGAUGCGGAAAUGAAACAAAAGAAGUUGCUCGAGCAGCAGGAACACGACCAAGAACAAGCCGGCCAAGACCAACAAGGUGAAGACGAAGACAAAGAGGAUAAGGAAAAGCAAGAAGAGCCCGAAGAACAAGAACAAGAACAAGAACAAGAACAAGAACAAGAACAAGAAUCAAAGGAGGAGGACACUGCUACUGAACCUGCCCAAGCGAUUAUAACCGAACAGGAAGAGGAUGUCAUCUUUUAG